CGGGGUCGGGCCGGACUGAGCGGAGCGCGGGGCAGCCGCCGCCGCCACCGGCAUGGCCCAGCCGCGCCGCCGCCCCCGACGUAUCAGCAGUCACCUCCGGGCUGGGCCGCUGGCGGGCAGGCAGCAGCAGGCAGCGGGGAGGCUGUGAGGAGCUGGUGCCACAUCUCCCUGCGUCCGUGCUCCCGACUCACCCAGCAGAAGGUGUGGCUGGGCUGCGCACUCCCGACUCCCGUCUCUUCUGCUCCGUCUGUUCCUGGUGGGCAAAUCGGAGGCCUGGUGUGAUGGGGUUGCUCUGAGACCUCGCCCCAGGAGCUUCAGGCCUGGAUGUUGGUGCUGUUUUUCCCGGACAAUGUGGCUGAUACUCUGGAGAAGCCCUCUCUUCCCCCCUGUUCUCCAAGUGCCUGAGCUGGUGGCCAGCUGGGACCUGCGUCUCACCCUCUGGGUCCUGAGCUUUGCCUCACUGGUUGUGCAGAUGGAGGGCCAGGUCUACUCACCCACUGUCAACACGCACUAUGGGAAGUUACGAGGGGUGCGCGUGCCGUUGCCCAGUGAGAUCCUGGGGCCCGUGGACCAGUACCUGGGGGUUCCUUAUGCCGCUCCCCCCAUCGGGGAGAAGAGAUUCAUGCCCCCCGAGCCACCACCAUCCUGGUCAGGCAUCAGGAACGCUACCCACUUCUCACCAGUCUGCCCCCAGAACAUCCACAACGCCGUUCCUGAGAUCAUGCUGCCCAUCUGGUUUACCUCCAAUUUGGAUAUCGUGGCCACGUACAUCCAGGACCCCAACGAGGACUGUCUGUACCUCAACAUCUACAUCCCCACGGAGGAUGGAGCCAGCGCUAAGAAACAGGGCGAGGACUUAGCGGAUAAUGACGGUGAUGAAGACGAAGACAUCCGGGACAGCGGGGCCAAGCCGGUGAUGGUGUAUAUCCAUGGUGGCUCAUACAUGGAGGGCACGGGGAACAUGAUAGACGGCAGCAUCCUGGCCAGCUAUGGGAACGUGAUUGUCAUCACCCUGAACUACCGCGUUGGAGUGCUCGGGUUCCUGAGCACGGGGGACCAGGCUGCCAAGGGCAAUUACGGGCUGCUGGACCAGAUCCAGGCGCUGCGCUGGGUCAGCGAGAACAUCGCCUUCUUUGGGGGAGAUCCCUUGCGGAUCACUGUCUUCGGCUCCGGCAUCGGUGCCUCCUGUGUCAGCCUGCUCACCCUCUCCCACCACUCUGAAGGUCUCUUCCAGAGAGCCAUCAUCCAGAGCGGCUCCGCGCUCUCCAGCUGGGCAGUGAACUACCAGCCUGUGAAGUACACCAGCAUGCUGGCUGACAAGGUGGGCUGCAAUGUGCUGGACACCGUGGACAUGGUGGACUGCCUGCGGCAGAAGAGUGCCAAGGAGCUGGUAGAGCAGGACAUCCAGCCGGCUCGCUACCAUGUGGCCUUCGGGCCAGUCAUUGACGGGGAUGUGAUCCCGGAUGACCCAGAAAUCCUGAUGGAGCAGGGAGAGUUCCUCAACUAUGAUAUCAUGCUGGGGGUCAACCAGGGUGAAGGGCUGAAGUUUGUGGAGGGCGUGGUGGACCCAGAGGACGGCGUCUCAGGCAGUGACUUUGACUACUCAGUCUCCAACUUUGUAGACAACCUGUACGGCUACCCCGAGGGCAAGGACACCUUGAGGGAGACAAUUAAGUUCAUGUACACGGACUGGGCUGACCGGGACAACCCCGAGACACGUCGCAAGACUCUGGUGGCCCUCUUCACUGACCACCAGUGGGUAGAGCCGUCGGUGGUGACAGCUGACCUGCACGCCCGCUAUGGGUCCCCCACCUACUUCUACGCCUUCUACCACCACUGCCAGAGCCUGAUGAAGCCUGCGUGGUCUGACGCAGCCCACGGGGAUGAGGUGCCUUACGUGUUUGGGAUCCCCAUGAUUGGCCCCACAGACCUCUUUCCCUGCAACUUCUCCAAGAAUGAUGUCAUGCUCAGCGCUGUGGUGAUGACCUACUGGACCAACUUUGCCAAGACAGGGGACCCCAACAAGCCUGUUCCCCAGGACACCAAGUUCAUCCACACCAAGGCCAACCGGUUUGAGGAGGUGGCCUGGUCCAAGUACAACCCCCGUGACCAGCUGUACCUGCACAUUGGGCUGAAGCCACGGGUACGCGACCACUACCGGGCCACCAAGGUGGCUUUCUGGAAGCACCUGGUUCCCCACCUGUACAACCUGCACGACAUGUUCCACUACACCUCCACCACCACCAAAGUGCCACCACCUGACACCACACAGAACUCCCACAUCACCCGCCGGCCCAACAGCAAGAUCUGGACCACCAAGCGCCCCGCCAUCUCGCCCGCCUACAACAGCGAGAACGGGAAGGAGAAGUGGAGCCCAGAGCAAGAGGCGGGCACGCUGCUCGAGAGCCCCCGCGACUACUCCACUGAACUGAGCGUCACCAUCGCCGUGGGCGCCUCCCUCCUCUUCCUCAACGUGCUGGCCUUCGCUGCCCUCUACUACCGCAAGGACAAGCGCCGGCAGGACACGCACCGGCAGCCCAGCCCCCAGCGCGGUGCCUCCAACGACAUCGCCCACGCGCCUGAUGAGGAGAUGCCCUCCUUGCAGGUGAGCCAGGGGCACCACGAGUGUGAAGCUGUGCCAUCCCACGACACCCUGCGCCUGGCCGCUCUGCCCGACUACACCCUCACCCUGCGCCGCUCUCCGGACGACAUCCCGCUUAUGACCCCCAACACCAUCACCAUGAUCCCCAACUCGCUGGUGGGGCUGCAGACCCUGCACCCCUACAACACCUUCACUGCCGGCUUCAACAGCACGGGGCUUCCGCACUCACACUCCACCACCAGGGUAUAGCUGCCCGCCGCCGGCGCACACGCAUGCACGCACGCACACACACGCAGCAGACACUGGCAGAGGGACCGGCGGGGCCCACUGAGCCCCCGGACGGAGGGGCAGCGCCCACGGACGGUGCAGCUCCCAGCCCAGAGACCUGUGGGGUCCCAGAGUGGCCCCAGCGCUUUCUUUUGUUCCUAUCUAACUUUUGAGAAGUGCUUUGACUCUCCUGGCCUCAGGGCCCCGUGGGUUGCCCCGGGACGCCGGUGGGGUGCAGGAGGGACACAGUGUAACCCUGCACAACCCACGCGUGCAGGUGGGCAGGGGUGCCCCGCUGUCAAUGGCCAUGGUGCUCCAUGUCAAUGGGCUGUGCCUCCCAGUGGGGGCAUCACAUCCCCAGUGCUGAGCCCACCGAGCACCCUGGGACUGACGAGGAGCAGGACCGGGCAUCCCUCUCGGCCAGUGCCCAGACAUCUCCAGGCAUCUUGGCAGCCCUGGAAAAGGCUCCUUCACUGUGCUGAGAAGUGGCCCCAGGCCAUGGUGCUAUAGGCAGAGGGAAUGGGCAGGGUCCAGGGACCUGGCCUUGUGCUGGAUGCAGGCGCUGGGGCUGGUGCCGGGGCUCAGGGACCCUGGGAGUGGGGCCCUGGGCUGGAGACUUGGCACCUCUGCCCCUCUUUGCGCUGCAGAGAAUCUCUUUUGUGUCAGUCAUUUCUCUUUGCAGAGACGUUUUUUAAGCAGAUCUUUAGUUCUUUACACACUAACGGAGUCGCCGCGUUUUGUCCUUUGUAAAGAUUUUAAAACCAAGUGUUCUUGAUAUAAAAUAAAAAGCCAGUUAGAA